CUGGAGUUUCCUAAGGAAGGGAUUGCAAUGGAUUCUGGUAACUUUCAUCUCAUCUCUCUUAUUUCUAUGGUUUCUUUUAGGAAACACUCCUUUACAUCUUGCUGUGAUGUUGGGACAUAAAGAGUGUGCCCACCUGCUUUUAGCCCAUAAUGCUCCAGUAAAGGUGAAAAACGCUCAGGGAUGGAGCCCUCUGGCCGAAGCCAUCAGCUAUGGAGACAGACAGAUGAUUUCAGCACUCCUGAGGAAGCUCAAGCAGCAGUCCAGGGAAAGUGUUGAAGAGAAGCGACCUCGGUUAUUAAAAGCCCUGAAAGAGCUAGGUGACUUCUAUCUAGAGCUUCACUGGGAUUUUCAAAGUUGGGUGCCUUUACUUUCCCGAAUUCUGCCUUCUGAUGCAUGUAAAAUACACAAACAAGGUAUAAAUAUCAGGCUGGACACAACUCUGAUAGACUUUACUGACAUGAAGUGCCAACGAGGGGAUUUAAGCUUCAUUUUUAACGGUGACGCCGCACCCUCCGAAUCUUUUGUAGUUUUAGACAAUGAGCAAAAAGUUUACCAGCGAAUACACCACGAGGAAUCUGAGAUGGAGACAGAAGAGGAGGUUGACAUUUUGAUGAGCAGUGAUAUUUACUCUGCCACUUUAUCCACCAAAUCCAUCACGUUCACGCGGGCCCAGACGGGGUGGCUCUUCAGGGAGGACAAAACUGAAAGAGUAGGAAACUUCCUGGCAGAUUUCUACUUGGUGAAUGGACUUGUGUUGGAAUCCAGGAAAAGAAGGGAACAUCUCAGUGAGGAGGACAUCCUUCGGAAUAAAGCAAUCAUGGAGAGCCUGAGCAAAGGGGGAAACCUCAUGGAGCAGAAUUUUGAGCCCGUGCGCCGGCAGUCGCUGACGCCGCCGUCCCCCAACACCAUCUCCUGGGAGGAGUACAUCUCUGCAGAGAGUGGCAAAGCUCCUCACCUGGGCAGGGAGCUGGUCUGCAAGGAGAGCAAGAAAACCUUCAAAGCCACGAUAGCAAUGAGCCAGGAAUUCCCCUUAGGAAUCGAAUCGUUGUUGAAUGUCUUAGAAGUCAUUGCACCCUUCAAGCACUUUAACAAACUUAGAGAAUUUGUUCAAAUGAAGCUUCCACCAGGCUUUCCUGUCAAAUUAGACAUCCCGGUGUUCCCCACCAUCACGGCCACUGUGACGUUCCAGGAGUUCCGUUACGACGAGUUCGAUGACUCCAUCUUCACCAUUCCCGACGACUACAAGGAGGAUCCCAGCCGCUUCCCGGACCUCUAGGGGGGGCUGGGAGCUCCUGGGAACAUCCACCCCGGCAUCCCAGGGCCAGGGAAUGGCUGCACCCCCAGCAGGGCAGAGCCGUGGGGCACAGCAAGGGAUGAACUCGUGAGCCCGCAGCGAAGGGAAGGAGCAGCAGUGCGGCUGUGCUGGCACUGCUCUGGGCAUCCAGCCCCUCCAGCUCCCUCUUCCCAGAGCCUCCUGCUGCCAUCCCCUUUGGCACAGCCACUCCUGGUUCGGGAGAUGCCACCCCCAGCUGGGAGGAGCUGCUGGUUUUUAAAUUUUUUACACUUGUGGUGAUCCACGAGGCACUGCUGGACCUUGGCACCGAGCUGGGCCCGGGGCUGGGGGUGAGGUGAGCUCCCCCUGUCCUUCCCGUGCUCCCUGUUCCCUGAGCUCCCAGCUCAGCCACGGAAUGUUGGAAGGUAUCCUGAAGGAAUGCCUUGGCUGUAGAUGAAUGAACCAAAUGGGCACCACUGACACUUGGAUUUCCUCCUGCACCCAGGCAGAGCCAGCUGUGCUCUGCAGGGAGCGAGGCACCUCCGGAGCGCUGUCCCUGCCUGAUCCCUUCAUUCCCCCUUCCCUCCCUGCUCCCUGCCUGGCUCCCUGGGCUGGUGGGGGGCACUCCAGGGCUGCCUGGCCAGGAAUGUCACUUGUUAAUCCUUUAUUUGACCCUCACUUGGGAGAGGCUGAGCACCACCAGGUCAGUGUGUGGGAACUGGGAAAGGCUCAGGCAUUGCCCCUUCCUGCAGGAGGAGCUCUCCCUGCACUGGGGCCAUGGUGGUGCUCGCAGGCAGCUUUUGCUGGGGUGUUCCCACAUGCAUUUCCUGCCUCUUCGUGUUUAAAUCACAGAGAAUCCCAGACUGGUUUGGGGUGGGGGGACCUUACAGCUCAUCUUGUCCAGCCCCCCUUCACGGAUGGUUCAGUACUCCAGCUCCUCGAGCUUGUUCCCAUUCCCAGUUGUUCCAGUCUCCUCAUCUAACAAUAAUCCACCUUUUUGGGGUUUGUUAGGCAAGAUUUGUGCAGAAGGCUGAUGGUGCUAUUUGUUUGUAUGAAGAAAUUUAGAUUCAAGUGCUGUGGUGUCAUUGUACAAAAAUGUAAAUAUUUUCCAAAUUAUAUUCUUUGUGCACUGUAGGUAAAACUUUUUCUGGAAUUCCAUAGAGUUAAGGAUCAAAGUUUAUAAUGAAGAGGAUCAUUGAUGCUCAGUAGAGGGAACAGCUGUGCUGAGCACAAGGGACAAGGGAGGGGCUCAGCACAGGGCAAGGUGUCAGGCACACCUGAGAGCAGGGAAUUCCAAACUGCUGGAAUCUCUGAUCCAUCCCAAAGAGGCUGCUCUGGGGAGGGACGUGGAAGAGGCCCAGGGAAUCACUGUCAGCAAAGUCCAGGAGCACUGGAGUGGGAGGGUGGGCUUGGUCCUUUCCCAGCACCUCUGUGGACCUGGGGGACAGGGAAGCACUGGGACAGGGAAGCACUGGGACAGGGGAGCAGUGCAGCUUUGUUCUUAAUUCAAACUCAAAUCCAAAAUGAAACUUUAGGGAAAACAAGCAAAGGGAAAUGACUGCUGCAGUGCCGUGUCAGGGCAGGUGUGGAGCAUCCUCUGGGAAUGAUGGAACUUGUUCUCCCAAGUCAUGAUGAAUUCCUGAUGUGUUUCACACCUCUGGGAUGAACUGACAGCUCAGUGGUACAGGGAGGAUCCGUGGGUUUGUGUUUCUUUGCAUUUUUGGUCAUCCCAAAUUCAUCCCUGGCUCCGUGGAAGCGUCGCUGGGGCUGUGGGACCUGGGCAGCCACUGUGGGAUCCCAGGGUGGAUCCUGGCCUUGGAACUGGAAAACAAAAAGGGUUUUGGGUGGCCUCCUCUGGGACUGAGGCUCCUGUGGCUCUGUCCCCCCUGGACCAGCCCCUGGUGGCCGUGGGGUGUCUGCCCAAAGCCCAGGGCAGCUCCUGGAAGUGUUUCCUGUGAUUCCUGUGGCCUCUGGCUGCAGACCUGGGGGAUUUUCACCCCCCAGGACACAGCUGCUCCCUGGGACACUUCCAGGGGCUGCAGGAAGCUGUUCCUAAGGCUUGUUCUGCCUUGGACUGUGGGCACAGCUUUGGGGCUGUCCUUGUUCUGGGUUAUCCCAGGAAAUCCGGCUGCUCCUGCUCUCCCUGUGGAGCUGAGGGAUGGGAAUUCCCUGGAUUGUUCCCCAGCUCCCAGGGCAGCCCCUGGGCUCCCAGAGCUGCUCUCAGUACUUUUCCCUCCUCCUGGGAUGUGUUUCCUCUCUGAACAUUCCGGGUGAGGAGUUCUCACACGUAGGGAUACCUGGGCAUUCCCAAGGGAUGCACUGCAGGAAUUCUCAGUUAGAGGGACACUGGGCUGAACCUGUGGAUCCCGACGGGCUGCCCACGUAGAGAUCCAUGUUUAUAUCCAUGUUUUCUCCUCUAAAGCCUGUUUUUGUCACUGGGUUGUGUUGCAUGGACACAGGGAAUGUUUGUGGGCCCGGAUGUGUCUCCAGGGUGUUCCCAGCCCCAGCCUGGGGCACAGGGUCCCUCCCCUGUCCCAGGCUCUGGGGAAUUCCUUUUCCAAGCAGCAUUGAUCCAGCAGAGCCUCACCUCGGCUUUCCCCAUUUUCCUGGAGGCCAGGCCAGAUUUUCCAGGAGGGUUUGGUCCCUGGGAGUGAGCACAGAUCCAUGGACCGUGUCAGUGCAGCAGCUCCAGCUCCUCCCUGUGGCCUGGGAAUGCCAGGGGGACCAGGAGCAGCCCUGGACACCCCAGCUGGAGUCCAGGGCAGGAGGAGAAGGGAGCUGGACCAGGCUGGUGGGAAUCACAUCCCACUGCUCCUGCCCAGGCUGGGGCUCCCCUCCCACCACUUCUUUUUUUCCUGAGGUUUUUUAUGGCUCUUAAAAGACAACCAGGAACUUUGCUCAACCCAAUUCCGACCUCACUGCGGAAGGAUCCCGCGGGUUGUUUCUGAACCAAACUGUUCCUCUGGUCUUCCAAGCUCCUGCUCUGCCCGUGGCAAAGGGAACACCCUGGAUUCGCUCUCUGGAGCUGCUGUCCAGCCACUGCACUCCCAGCACAGCAAUUCCCUGGUCCUGCCUCGAGUCCGUUCGUCCCGCCCGGAUGUGUUUGUGCUGGAAUCCCCCGGAUUCCAUUGAUAUUCCCAGUCGUCCUCUGUUAUUUUCUGUCUCUGCUCCUGAGUUGUAAUUCCCGCCAGGAGAACUGCGUUAUUUAAUCCGGAUUAACCAAUUCCUGUAAUGCUGCAGUUUCACUUUUCUUUUCCUGACAGUUUGUAACUCCCAAGGAAAACGAGUCACCUCUCUUGGUUUUCCCUUCCCUUCACUCAUCGUCACUUUGGGUUGUAUCAUUUGUUAGAAUAAAGACCAAACUAUGCUGUUGGAUUUGGAAACUGCUCCACCUGUGCAAUCCAGGCUUCCCUCUGCUGUCCCGCCGGCCUCGGCUGCGCUGUGGGAGCGGGACCGGAGGGGAGGGAACGAGCUCCUGCUGCUGCGUUCUGCAAGGGCAUUUUCUUGGUCAUUUUUUAAAUAAAAUCCUGCAUUUUCAUUACA